AAACUAAAAUUCGUUGUGUAUAAUUAUAAUUCCCCUUGGUUCACCUUUUCGGUUUAUCCUUUGGAGAGCCCCUUGUUUUAAUACUUUGACCCUUGGUUACCGUGGUAACAUAUCAAUCCUGUGGGGAGCCCCUCGUUGAUACCUUAAAUAGUUGUUAAAAGUAUGCACGGGCAGUACCCGGGAACAUCAGCCGAUAGACGUGGUCGUCAUCCCGUCUAGUGCUCAGGGGCCUGUUUUAGAAAAACAUCAGGGUCUUUUCUGCCUUGUUUUGCUGUAAAUUUCCCCGUCCCUACAGAACGUCAAUUCCUGUCAGGGAAGGAGGGUUCUUGGGUGCUGAAAUAUUUCCGGCUCCUGUAUUUAUAAGUAGCCGUUUCCAUUUUCAUGGGAUAAUUUAUAGAGACCGCUGUUCUACAGUGAGUGAGUGAACUACGGCGGCCCUUUCGACACAUCUCUAAAACUACUUAUGAAUUUAUACCUGAGGGUGAUCCUCGCAGUUUUACCAAUUUAUAAUCGUCAAUGCAGAUACGUGCUUUAACUUAACAUUGUGAAAGUUUGAUAUUUAUAUAAUUUGUGUCAUUUGAAAACUUAUAUUCUGUUUAUUGAGUUUAUUGAAAGAAACCUCCAAUCAGCGUGGACGAGGCCAUGGGUUAUUUACAUUUCCAAGGAAAACUUUCGUCUAAUGAAGCCUCGAUAGACCCGUGCAGCAUGUGAACUUUCUACAUGUACUUCAACUUAGUUCUGGUGGUUGCCGAUAUACCUAAACCUGACUGUAACCACGUGUUCACCUGAGGGUUCUUAAAUACCACGUGCACCGGAACCGGGCUGACUAUAUAGACUUUUCCUUCAUUUCAUUAUUUAAUUUGUAUAUUUUUGUUUGUUUGGUUUUUUCUCGUUGAAUUUUCUGUUUAAUUUUAUUUUAUUUUGUUAUUAAAUAUUUUGUUAAAAAGUUCAUACUUGUUCUGUUGAUUUAUGUAAGUUCAUCAGGAUGCAUAAUCACACAUCCUCACAAAUGGUGGCAGCGGUGGGAUGCAUCUGAGCUUGCAUAAAUCAAAAGAUGUUCUUGUGUUUGCAUGUUAGAAAUUUUGACUUUGAUAUUUCUUAUUUUUGUAUGUUUCAGCGCAUAAACUUUCACAAUGUCACAUAUGCCGAAAUGGAUGACCGAGCUUAUCGCGAAAGGGUCAAGCGUCAAGGACUGUUUAGAGGUGUGGCGUCAGGAGCAGGAGGCAAUGAGAGCUGAGAGAGAGUCUGCUAGGGCUGAAAGAGAGGCAGUGAGGGCAGAGAAAGAAGCUGAGCGAGAACUUGAGAAAGUAAGGUUAGCUCAUGAAAGAGAGGAGCGUCAAGCUAAGAGAGACAGAGAUAAGUGGGAGGCUGAGAAAGAGAUUAAGUUGAAAGAGUUAGCUCUUAAAGAAAGAGAGUUAGAAACUGGUCCCUCCCCUCAGAGUGUUCAAACUCCUAGUGUAAAGUUGCCCAAAUUUGAAGAAGGUCAAGACCCUGAUGUUUUUCUAAAAUCAUUUGAGAAAAUAGCGGGCUUACAAAAGUGGGAUAAAUCUCAAUGGGCGGUUCGUUUAGUCCCCAUGCUAUCGGGUAAAGCUCUUGAGGCCUAUUCUAGAUUGUCAGAUGAGGAGAGUGAUAAUUACGAUGCUAUCAAAACUGCUAUUCUGAAAAGGUAUGAAUUGACUUCAGAGGCUUAUCGGGAUAAGUUUAGGAAGUGUAGACAGUUCAGUGAUGAGUCAUUUAAAGAUUUUGUUGUUCGUGCAGAAAGGUUCUUUCACCAUUGGUGUGAUAGGGAGGAUAUUGGGUCAGACUUUGAAUUGUUGUUUGAUUUGAUUUUGAGAGAACAGGUGAUAGGAAGUUGUUCAAAUGAUUUGCAAUUGUGGGUUCGUGAGCAUACUCCAAAGUCUAUCAAAGAUGUUAUAACUUUGUCGGAGUCAUUUCAGGUUGCACAUAAAGGCAGUAAUGCAGGUGGUGGACGAGGUAACGCAGGGGAAAAGCCGGGUCCCAGACCCAAUAAGUUUGGUUCAGGUCAGUUCCAAAGGGGUAAGCAUGUCUCGCCAUCAGAGCAAAGUAAAACAUGUUACAAGUGUAACCGGGUAGGACAUAUUGCGCCAAAUUGUCCUUUGCGUAGUACAUAUCAGUCGAAACCUCCUUUUAAUCAAAACCACCCAGGUAAUCAAAAGUCGAAAGAGCGGUUUGGUUUGUGUCUUGAUGAAAAUAUGAAAGUUUCUGAUCAGGGUGAUGGUGUUCAUGAGAAUAAGAUGGUUGUUAAGUUGUCUGGCGUAUCAGCUACUGAUGAGUCUAGUCUUGAAACAUGUUGUGAAUCGGGUCUAGAUUUGGUAAGUGGGGAAGUUGGUGAAAAAGUUGUCUCAGUUUUGAGGGACACUGGAUGUUCCACUGUGUUUGUUAAUAGUAAGUUGGUUUCAGAUGAUGGGUUUCAGAGAACUUGCAGUGAGGCGAUAGUAAGUGUGAAAACGCCAUACAUUUCAGGUAAGGUGCACGCGCUAUGUCUUGACUCACCUUUUGCUGAUGUAAUUAUUGGCAACAAUGUAAGCAUUGUAGUACCGAAAGAGGCAGCACCUUUGACCAUGAUUGAGACUGCAGAAACAGUGGAUGAAAAAGAAUGUGGAGUUGUUCAAACUAGAUCAGAGACAAGGAAACAGGAGGAUGCAAAGAAACCAAAGCUGGAUGAUUUGAAAGAAGUGGACACAGAACAUGAAGGUAUGUGGUGUAAUAGAGAGAAAUUGAUCGAGCAUCAGAAAACUGACGACAGCUUGAAAUCGGUGUUAGAGAUGGCCCAAAAUGGUCCACAUGAAGGAAAGUCUUAUUUCAUCCUGAAAAAUGAUUUACUGUAUAGAGUUUUUGACUCAGACUCUGGCGAAAAGGUAUUCCAGAUUGUUGCUCCAAAGAAUCUGCGCAGUAGUAUUAUGUCAUUAGCUCACGACACGCCACUGGCUGGACAUCUUGGAAACAAGAAAACAAGAGAAAGAAUUAUGAGAAACUUCUUUUGGCCAGGUAUGUAUAUAGAUAUAUCUCGGUAUUGUAAGUCAUGCUCUAUUUGUCAAAAGGGGACGCAAAGAGGGAGAACGCCAAAAGCGAAAUUGGUGCCAAUUCCAAAGAUCGAUGUUCCAUUUUCCAGAGUAGCGAUUGAUUUUGUGGGCCCAUUACCGAUGACAGAAAAGAAAAACAGGUAUAUUCUGGUAUGUAUGGAUUAUGCCACUCGAUUUCCAGAGGCUUUUCCGAUGAAAAACCAAGACGCAGAAAGUGUGGCAAAUGCGCUGAUAGAAAUGUUCUCAAGGGUAGGUUUUCCUAAAGAAAUUUUAUCAGAUCAGGGGACAAAUUUUAUGUCAUCUCUCAUAUCAGAACUGUGCAAAAUGCUUAAGGUCCGUAAGCUGUCAACUACCCCUUAUCAUCCCCAAGCAAACGGGCUAGUAGAAAGAUUUAAUGGGACUCUUAAACAGAUGUUGAAAGCAUAUGCAGUUGUAGAGCCAUUAAAAUGGGAUGUUCAUUUACCAUAUGUACUUUUUGCCUAUAGAGAGGUCCCGAACGAAACAACAGGUUUUACUCCAUUUGAACUUCUUUAUGCCAGACAUGUCAGAGGCCCCCUGGACAUAUUAAAGGAGCAGUGGGAAGAACCAACCGAGGAACAAACGUCAAGUUCAUACUUGUUCUGUUGA